AUGAUCUCAAGAAUACCUGGAAGAGACCUGGGAAAAGCAGUGGGCCAUAGGGUUAUAGUCAAGCCUUUCUCGGGUGCUACGACAAAGGCCAUGAAUCAAUAUCUCAAGCCAAGUCUGGAAUUUUCGCCCAACGAAGUGAUUUUACACAUUGGGACUAAUGAUCUUAAACCAGGGAACCAAAGCCAAAGGGGCGUAAAAUCUGCCUCAAUAUUGCCACCUUUGCGUGGCUUUAGAAUGGCCUUACUCAAUAUAAAUCAAUUAACUACACAUAUAGACGAACUAAGAAUCCUAUUAACAAACAACGAUAUCGAUAUUAUUUCUAUAAACGAAACAAAACUGAACGAGAGCAUUCAAGAUCAUGAAGUUCAUAUUCCGGGAUACGAAAUAAUUCGCCGCGAUAGACUUACGAAAGGCGGCGGGGGGGUAUGCUUCUACGUUAAAAAUUCAAUCAACUUUACAGUACGAUCUGAUCUACAUAUGGAUGCAUUAGAGAAUCUUUGCUUGGAAAUCCAUAAGCCAAAAACAAGACCUUUUGUGAUUGUUACGUGGUAUAGACCACCUGACUCUCCUAUUGGCAUUUUUUCACCUUUUGAAUCCCUAAUUGGGAAAUUGGAUAGUGAAAAUGUAGAAUUUUUUGUACUGGGAGACAUGAAUUGUGACAUGGUCACAGCACGAUAUGACAAUGAUACAUCCAAAUUAAAGAAUAUUGCUGAUGUCUACGGACUCGAGCAACUCAUCGCUGAACCGACGAGGAUAACACCCACCUCGUCAACUUUAAUUGAUUUAAUUUACACCAACUGCUCGGAUAAGAUCGCCUGUUCGGGAGUUUGUCAUGUUGGGAUAAGUGAUCAUAGCAUGGUGUAUGUUUAUAGAAAACUUGCUCUGAACGGGAUGUCGAAUGGACAUAAUUCAAUAACAUACGGAAAUUUCCGAAAAUUCGAUUGCCAAAAUUUUCGAGAUGAUAUUCAGUCUCAAUGUUGGAAUAAUGUAUAUGAGUCGUCCGACCCAAACGAGAUGUGGCAGCAAUGGAAAUGUACAUUUCUAGCUAUCGCUGACAAACAUCACUAG